UCGGAGAGGAAUAAUAGCUGAAUUUUUUUCUGCCUAUUGUUCUCGUCUUCUGAAUAGGGGCCCACCUCUGAUAUUUCACCUGUGACUGGAAUCGCGCUCGGAAGAAGGGGUUCUUUCAGCGGCCUGUUCCCACAGACAACGAACGGUUCCUGACCAUCUCGCAAUUGAGCCCGCCUGCCACGUUGAUUGAUUCAUCGACUCGCCGUUGCAGCCCAUCACUCGACUUGACCAUGGCAGACAACGCGGCCGACGUGGCCGAGGACUACCGGCAGGCCCUGGAGGACCUCACAGUCAACUCGCGGAUUGAGAUCGCCACGCUCACUAACAUCGCGCGAGAAAACGCCAACCACGGUUUCGCGAUCGCGGAAGUGCUGCAGAACCACAUCAAAAAGGCACCGCCCACCAGGACAUUACCAGCGCUCUACGUCCUGGACUCCAUCGUCAAAAAUGUCCCGACACCCUAUGCGCUGUACUUCGGCCCGAAGCUCUACUCGAUCUUCAUGGGCGCGUACACCAAGGUCGAUAAUGCGACACGGCGAAAGAUGGAGGAGAUGCUCAAGACGUGGAAAGAACCGGUGCCGGGUUCUAUUUCGACGAAGCCUGUGUUCCCCAUAGAGCAAGUUCGGCCGAUCGAGAACGCCCUGAUGGCUGCGCGAAAUGCAGCUUUCGCUGCCCACCAGAGCAGCUACCAGGGACAGCAGCAGCUCAUGCGCGGCCGGCAGCCCGUUCCCAGUCGAGACACACCCACUCCGCCCACCGGAAGGCCGUACCAGCCUCCUCCGCAGCAGCCGCUCUAUCCUGGACCCAACGGACACCAGCCGGAUGCGGCGCCGACUCCGCAGCCGUAUCCGGCACACCCGGUCAGCGGGCCACCACAUGCAAUCCCACACCGUGCGACACCACAGCCUGCUCCAUCCGCUGGGCCGUAUCCGCCGUAUCCACAGCCGGCCUCGGGGCCAGUCUAUGGCGCCGCUCCCCAGCCAGGAAUAAGCAUAGACAAGUUGAAGGAUGAUAUCCAGCAACUGAUCAUUGUGGAGAAGGCGGAAUUUGCAAAAGAUCCCCUUGAUACUAGUAAACAAACCAGACUGAAGGCAUUGCUGGACUUGCAAACCAUAAUCCAGAGCCAAGACAUGCCUCAGGAUCAGUUGAUGAUCAUAAGAGAUCGAGUUGCUGAACUUGCCGUAAACAUCCGCCCGCAGCCGCCGGCGGCGGUCACUGCUGCCGCUGCCGGCCCUGCCGCGCUCACGGCGCCUAGCACCGCUUACCCCGGUGUCCCCUACACCGUCACUCCAACACCGCCGGUUGUGUCUCAACAGCCGGCACCUGUGCCCCCUGCUGCGGCGGCACCUCCUCCGACUGCAGCAGGCAAGGGCGGCGUGUCGAUCGACUCGAUCUUCGGACAGGGGGCUCUGGCGACGUUGCUCUCGGUGGCCGCUCGCAAGUCUGCCACGCCGCAGCAGCGGACUCCCACACCACAACAUCCUCCGCCUCCUCCGCCUCCUCCGGCGCUUCCGGCACUUGGACCGGCGGCGGCCGCAGCAAUCGCCGCUGCUUUGCGGUCACCGCCUCCGCAGACAUCUGCCCAACCGGCGAGGCCCGUCGCAGCGGCUGCUCCUCCCCCUCCCCCGUCUGAUCCUUCCGCGCUGCUGGCCAUGCUGAGGCAAUCGGGCCUGAUCAAGUCCGACGCAACACCCACUCCGCCUCCGCCCGGCCGAUUCCAGUCGCUUGCGGGCGUGGUUGCGGAAGGGGGGAUCGAGCUGAAGGCUGCUUCCCUGAAAAUCUUCCGACCCGAAUUGAUCGCCCAGCUCCACGAAGAGCUCGGCCCGCCGUGCACGCAUUGCGGCAGGCGCUUCCGGACGGACGACGAGGGCCGCCGCAAGAAGACGGCGCACAUGGACUGGCACUUCCGCGUCCACCAGCGGACCGCCGAGGCCGAGAAGCGCGGCCAGCACCGCAGCUGGUAUGUCGACGAGUUGGUAAGUCCUGGCCCGAGCCCAACCCUUCCCCCCCUUUAUCGCUGAAACU